AAAUACCUGGGUACACCCAUUAUUAACAUGGAGAGGAGCACUUGGGGAGUUCCACUGCCUGGUUCAGGAGCUAAAACUGUACCACAGCCGCUUCAAAGCGUACUUCAGGAUGUCCGUUGGAAAAUUUGAAACACUGCUGCAACAGCUGGCACCAUCUUGAAGAAGCAGACGACUAAUUUCAGAAAGCCAAUUGACCCAGAGCAGCGGCUAGCCUUAUGUCUGAGAUUUCUAAGCACUGGUGAUAGUUAAACCACAAUUGCAGCAAGUUUUCGUUUAGGUAGCUCAACAGUGGCACCAAUAAUGAGGGGAACCUGCAAUGCCAUCUGGGAAGUCCUGAAAGAAGACUACCUGCCAUGUCCAAAUAAGGAUCUGUGGAUGAAUACUGCGAGGAGAUUUGAAGAGCGAUGGAACUUUCCACAUUGCAUAGGUGCACUGGAUGGGAAGCACAUUGUGAUCCAGGCACCUCCCAACUCAGGAUCACAAUUCCAUAAUUAUAAUGCCACCUUCUCAGUAGUCUUGCUUGCCCUGGUAGAUGCAGACUACCGAUUUCUGGCUGUUGAUGUUGGAGGUUUUGGCAGCAACAGCAACGGAGGCAUCUUUGCCAACUCUCAACUUGGCAAAGCCCUCCAGGCAGGUGACCUUGAUGUCCCCCCACCAGCUCUCUUACCUUCUGCACCAGAGUUGGGACAUGUUCCAUAUGUGGUUGUGGCUGACGAGGCCUUCCCAAUGAAGCCCUACCUCCUCCGGCCUUAUCCAGGGCGACACCUUCAAGAGGACAUGAGAGUCUUCAAUUACCGUCUCUCAAGAGCACGCCGUAUAGUGGAGAACUGUUUUGGCAUCCUCAUGCAACGCUGGCAAGUCUACUGUCGAAGACUGCAAGUGUGCCCUGAUGCAGUAGACAGUAUCGUGAAGGCAACAUGCAUACUAUCCAUAUCUGCAUUCUGCUGAGGAGGGUCAGAAUCCAGACAAUGGGGAGCCAGCUGAAGAUGAUGGUGGAGAGAGCAUCCUAGGUCCAAUCAGGAACCUGCGAGGAAACAGGGCAUCGGCAGAAGCCCUAAGAGCGCGGGAAACCUUCCGCAACUACUUCAGCUAACCAGCCGGACAAGUGCCUUGGCAAUAUGCCCAUGUACGUGGUUCUGCUUCCAAAAGAAAAUUAUAUGUCCUGAUCAGUUCCUUUAAUUUUUUAUCCCAGUAGAGCAUACAAAUACAAAACAUUUCUCUGAUAAAUAGCCUAUGUAGACUUUUAAAUGUUAACUGCUUUUAGUACAA